AUGCCGGCCACGGCGGACUUGAACAAGCACAUAUUCGAUAGCAGCUGGGGCUGUAUCGGAAAGAUGCCUGCUUACCUUGCCGACCUGGGCUACAAGAACCCAGACCAGCCGGACAAGACCCUUUCGCACUAUGCUACAGGGACUGACUUCUUUGCGUACCUACGCAAUGAUCCCGGGCGCCUUGCUCGCUUCAACUCGGCUAUGAAAGGUGCUGCGACCUUACUUAAUAGCCCUGUUCCAAGCUCCCUGGUCGAGUCUGGGGCAGGGGAAAGUGGCGUCGUAAUGGUCGAUAUCGGCGGAGGCCAUGGUCAAGUUACGCAAAAGGUCAUGGAAGAGAAUCCUCAUCUCAAAGGACGUUUCGUCGUCCAAGACCUCGGCGCUAUCAUCGACGAGGCACGGGCCAGAAAUCCCAAAUACGAAGUCAUGGAGUACGACUUUUUCACUCCACAGCCUGUUCAUGGAGCGCGAAUCUACUUCAUGCGUCGUGUACUGCACGACUUCCCGGACUCCAAGUGCCGCGAGAUCCUGACGAACCAGAUCCACGGCAUGGUCAAGGGCCAGUCGAAAUUGCUCGUCUGUGAAACCGUCCUGCCGGCAGCAGGUUGCAGCGGCUUCGAGUCGCUCGCGGACAUCAGCCGCACGACCUUCAGCUCCAUGCAACGGAGCGAAAAGCAAUGGACUGCGCUGCUGGCGAGCGUCGGCCUCAAAGUUGUCAAGAUAUGGCCUCCCAAGGGGGGCCCGUUUUCUGUCAUCGAGUCAGAGCUCCAAUGA